GUGGCUUUGCAGAACACAUACCACGGUCGAAUAAGCGCAUCACACUCCCCUCAGCUCCAGAUCCCCACCAAUGAAAAUGCACGAAAGCGUGAAGGGAGAGAGAGGGAGAGAAGGGAGUCCGCGCGAGAUACAAAGACUGAGCCAAAUCCCACACCAACAGACACAACACAAGUUGGAGCGAGCGGAAAAGGCGGUCACAUUUCCGACUUACCUGCAAACGUGAUUGAUGUGGGUGUUCGUAUCAGUGUGUCACGCCUGACGCCCUGUUCGUGGUUAUGCUGACUCCACUUUCUUGGAAUUCAUGAGAUUCGUUUUAGCCGUCGCUCGUGCAACAUUACACAGCCAGUAUCCAGAGAGAGGAGAGACCGUCGGAGAAGAACUUAGACACUGACACCUGCCUGCACUUUUCCCGGGGAGCAUCUUUACGCGCACCGGACGCGUUGCCAUCGCUUCUUCCCAAUUUUUAGCAGGUGUUUUGCGCAAAGCUUUUUCUCCACUUUCCCACCUAUCUUCAAAAGACUUUUGCUCUAGUCUAGUGACAUUCAUAGACGACUAUCCUCAAGUUUGUCUCAAGUCACCGACAUCAACGAGAAGAAUGGAUAACAGCCCUGGUGGAGCAGGUGGAGGGGUCAUCCUGUACGCCGGUUCCUCCGGCAGCAACAGUCCCAGCCCCGGCAGCCCCUCCAGUGGGUACCAGACACAGUCACCCCUUUCACACUCCCAGCCCUCAUCUCCAGAAGAGUUUACCUUCACAGAGAUCGGGCCAGUCACACAGAGGGCAGCUGAGUGCACAGCCCCAUCUUCCAAACUGGUGUUCCAGUUCCCAGAGGUCUACAGUGGCCCCUCAGUAGCAGCCACUCCGCAGCACACCUACUCGCACCCCAUUGCAGGAAAGAGGCCAUGUGGCUUCACAGGAGCUUUCACCAAAACAGGUGGAAUGGUCCUGCUUUGCAAAGUCUGUGGGGACAUUGCAUCCGGUUUCCACUAUGGAGUGCAUGCAUGCGAAGGUUGCAAGGGCUUUUUCCGCCGCAGCAUCCAGCAGAACAUCAAUUACAAGAUGUGUGUGAAGAAUGAGAACUGCCUGAUCAUGCGCAUGAACCGAAACCGUUGCCAGCACUGCCGUUUCAAGAAAUGCCUCUCUGUGGGCAUGUCAAGAGAUGCUGUACGUUUUGGCCGCAUCCCUAAGAGAGAGAAGCAGCGUCUUCUGGAUGAGAUGCAGAGCUACAUGAACAGCCUAAAUGAGUCGGCUGCCAUGGACAUGGACUCAUCUUCAGUGAGCCCAGAUGAGGGCAACUCAAAAGAGGCCAUUGGGGCCAUCUCCAGAGCCUACCAUGACAUCUUCACCAGCAGCAGCAGCCGCAGCCAAGGGAGAGUAGCCAAGAGGGCUAACGUCACCGCUAACAACAACACAUCUUCGUUUUCUCAGGAUGCCAGUUUUCCCCAAGCCUCAUCUCACCCCAUCUCCGCCCAGAGUUAUCAGUCUUGCCCUGUUGCCCCUGCCACCCAAUGCCCGGUUGCCCCAAAUGACAACCAACCUAGGUUCCACAAUGUGGACAACAAUCGCUACACCUACUUUGUGUCAACAAAUCCGAACCACAACCAUUCCAAUGGUACAACACCUCAAAGCGGCACCUCUGCCAAUCACAACAGUUUUCGCAAUGCCGGAAAUGCCACAAAUCCGCUGUCCUGCCCUUGGAAAUUAGCUCAAGGAGCUAAAGUGCUGGCCUGUCCUCUCAAUGCAUGCCCUGUAUCAGGGGCAGAGCGGUCGAGUCAGGAGAUAUGGGAAUCCUUCUCUCAGUGUUUCACUCCUGCUGUCAAGGAGGUUGUGGAGUUUGCCAAGGGCAUCCCUGGAUUUCAAGAGCUUAGUCAACAGGACCAGGUCAUGCUGCUCAAGUCAGGCACCUUCCAGGUUCUGAUGGUGAGGUUCUGCACCUUGUUCAAUGCUGAGGAUCGCACAGUGACCUUCUUGAAUGGAAAAACUUACCCACUGUCUACCCUGAGGGCUUUGGGCAUGGGCUCCCUGCUGGACGCCAUGUUUGAGUUCAGUGAGAAGUUAAGCUCCUUGGGGCUAGAGCCUGAUGAAAUGGCUCUCUUCAUGGCUGUGGUGCUGGUCUCUGCAGACCGUUCUGGCAUCUCGGACAUGUGGGCCGUAGAGCAGCUCCAGGAGGGUCUGAUUCGCGCCCUGCGGUCACUAAUCAACCGACGUCGUCCGGAUGACACCACCCUCUUCCCAAAACUCCUCCUGCGUCUGCCAGACCUGCGCACCCUCAACAACCUUCACUCCGAAAAACUCUUGGCCUUUCGCAUUGACCCUUGAGCAGAACACUUGCACACAGACACAAACGUAUACAGUACACCACAUACAAACACACAUAUUACCUUCCAAGGACACGACUUCCUUCAAACCUGAGACACAAGACUUUUUCAAAAAGGAUGAAUGAGGCCAGUGGCGAAUAUAUUUUUUACAUCACUGAUCUUCAUGCAAUGUUUUUGGGACAAAUAAACACACCCAUUCAAACUCUUGUAUAUACUUUAACCUCAACACCUCUUGAAAGACAUUCUUCCAGUAAGACAAUGAAUAAUUGUGUAGAGUUACUAUUACCCUUUGGACAGAUCGCUUGCUCGUUAUAUCCAAAGUACUUAAGAAUAAAAGCCAAUUCACUUCUGUUUAUUCCCUAAGUCGUACAGCAUCAACAGGCCAUCACUAAGCAGCAGCAGCUGAAAGACAAAAUAUGGUAGACAGUUAUUAAACACUUUCUUACUUAGGGACCAUUAGCGAUGAUCGACUGUGUUUCAGUUUGUGUUUAAAGAGAAAGGGAACCUGUAUAUAAUACAUAGUGAAAUCUGAAAUAUUAAGGUAAUUGUGCAUCGCUGUUUCACAAACAUGACAUCUGCAUUAGCACUGGAAUGAGACCACUAUUUCAAAAUGUCACUUGUUAACAACAUGAUGCAGUUAGUCUCUUACUAUUUUUGACCAUUCCUCCAGACGACAUUUGGCACACCUUCAGUUUUAAUAUGACAACCUCAUUUUCCAAUGGCAAUUUAUGUGAUUUCACAAAAACAUUCUGUUUGCAUAUACUGUAUGACAUCUGGCAGAUGGAGAUGCCCCAUGCAUGUUGGGUUUUCUAGCUCCUUUGUUUAUUUUUUCGUUGCUGUAAAUAUUAUUUUACCCCAAUGUCUAUGUAUCAAUGACUGAAUUGAUGGAUCGGACGGAUGAGUUUGGUGUAAAGAAGAAUGUACUGACCUUCCUGUACUAGGUGGGGGUUUGACCAUGCCAGGGGGGCUUUUCACCGGAGACUAUGUAGUCGGGAUUCUUAGAUAGCUUUGACGCACUUCCUGCUAUCGGAUGACGUAACCAGCCAGCAUAAUCCCUGAAAUCACCAGCACUCACUCCACAUGCACCCUGCCUCUGCCCCCCCAAUGUUUGUCAUACAAACACAAGAGAUAUUUUUGGGUGAGAGAUCUUAUUUGAUCAGUCCUCUCACUGUUUUGCUUGUUUGAUUAUGGCUGAUCAAGCACAUCUUGUACAUUUGUAAAUAUUUCUUCCUGGAUAGAAAUGAUAUAAUGAUAUAAAGUUGAAUUAUGUAUUA